CUCAAAACCCCGACAAAACCGAUUCCUUCGCUUCAGUGGAGUGCAUCGAUCGAGCACAUAACUUCUGCCCGACAUGGCGUCUGCAAGCCGCCCCCUGACCGCACAAGACGACGAGUACUUCCCGUCGUUCUUGACGGCGCUACAGGCCACUCCCAAGACUGACAAGUCGAAGGAGAGCGUCCCUCGCGCCCGCUCCGAGGCAGACGUUCUUUCAUCCAAAGCCAAGCCGCGUCUCACCUUCGCCGAGAGCUUGUCCAUGAACCGCAAUAAGCAGCAGGGCGUAAAGAUUCCGGAUGACUCGCCCUUCAGCUUCAAUGGCAACUACCAGGACGGACUGGGCACACGCAGACGUAAAACUGCUUCAUCUUCGAAUGAUGCUCAGGACGAGGAUGUGCCUCCUCCGCCUACAAUGUCGCUACUGGACCCCGUGGGCUUUGCAGCAGGAUCACACAGUGUGGAUGAUGACGAGGCCGCGGCUGUUGCCUCGGCACGACGCAAUGCUGCGGCUGCAAGAUCCGCAUCCUACCCGAACAUUCACAGUGACGAGUGGGGACAGGAUAAACAAUACUGGGUCACGGUGUUCGGCUUCCCGUCGAGCGCUAGAUCUUUCAUCCUACACCAGUUCCAAGCUGUGGGCGAAGUCGUCAACUACUCGAGCAGCAGUGGAGGGAACUGGCUGCAUUUGCGUUAUCACACGAGACUGCAGGCUGAGAAGGCGCUUAGCUAUGACAAACGCGCGUUGGCGAACAACAUCAUGAUCGGAGUCAAGAAAUGCUACCCAUCUGACCGGGACGCGAACGCACUGGACGAGACGCCUGUGUCCAGUUAUUUUGGCGCCCAGGCGCGACAGAGUCUCGGAUCCAGAGACCUGGAAGUUGACCCCACGGAUGCCGACAUCAUGCUGCCUCCACGACGUCGACAGGACAUUUGCUCGCGGCUUCUGAGCUACCUAUUUAACUGGUGACGUGGCUCUCAUUUUGCAGAGGAUAAAGCAGAGUGAGUGGCUGUGGAGUACUAGUAGAAGAUUGAUAGUUACUACAAGAAAGGCGAACGUUAGACGGAGCUGGAUCCCCUUCAAAGCUCACGGAUGCAACAAUAACAUUUCAAAUGGAACGAAGAGCAAGUAUGGCGCGUGAACACGCAGAGGCAAGCACUUCGUCGAGAGCGAGGCAUACAGACGGAGUAGAUAAUAGGUGAAGAAGUACUGUGCACUGUUCGAAGAGCUGUUAGCGUUUCUGUAGGGAUUCAUCACGUGAGCAGUCAAUGCCGAGUGCUCCACGUAUUAACAGCCGGCUUGCAUCAACUGUAAACUUCAGAAUGGGGUGCAAUUGCGCCUGCAAUUGAUCACCAUCUUCAAGGAUCGACGAGACGGCACCAAGCAGAAAGUUGUCGCUUCAUCAACACCGCGAGGUGCACACGUUGGCUCCAGCCAAGAGCCCUCACAUAUGCUGUCGUCUCAUUUUGCCCCGCAUUCAGCAGUACGUGCUUGAGCAGCAGAUCGUCUCCAAUGCCUCCAAGCUCGCACGAUACUUGCUGGCCUGCUCACAAGUACUGACACGACACUCCCCUACUUCUACUAACGACGUUGUUUUGAUGAUUGAGUUAACUCCUGGGCACAGACGUUCAUAUGGGCCACCAAUAUCGCGGUGGUCCCAAGAACCGGAACCUCUUCACCGCCAAUGUCUCCAAGGCCUUCGUCGUCAAUGACUUCAUGGCUGACAAAUUCUCGUGCAGUUCAACCGCUAGUUUCCGGACGAGCACUCGGCCCUCCCGGACAACAAACACCAUGUCGGCUAAAGACGUAGAAGACAUUCCAUCAACCAGUUAUCAAAAGUAUAUCUACUGUUCGGUGGGC